AUGAAAGAAUAUCAGAGAGCAAGAGAGAGGAUCUUCACUGAUGGUUUAGACACCUUCCCGCUGGAUAAAAGGAUUCAGGAGGACGAGGUGUGUAACAACAUCCAGCAGAGGCGGCAGAUCUUCAGGCUGAAGGACAGCCUCCAAAGCAGCUCUGAGAACGAGGCCAUGUAUUCAGAGCCGCGGCCGUGGAGCAGCACCGAUUCGGACAGCUCCAACCUCAACCUGAAGCCCGCCAUGACCAAAGCCAGCAGCUUCAGCGGCAUCCCGGUCCUGAUCCGCGGAGACAGCUCCAGCAGCAGCAAGAGCGCGGGGCGGCUCUCAAACACAGGUUCUGACUCUUGUAGUAGCGUAGCUUCGUCCACGGGUUCGCUCUCUCGAUCCCAGCCUCCUACAGCCGCCACGCAGCCCACGGCCUUCCCCGCUGUCAGCUACGAGCCGCUGGCGUCCUCGGCUAGCGCUAGCUACUAUCUGCUUCCGCUGGACGCCGCAGGGAAGCCGGCUGGAAGUGUCCUGGUCAACCCGCACACAGGUCAGCCGUUUCUGAACCCCGACGGCAGUGCUGUCGUCUACAGUCCCAGCGUGACCUCACAGGCCUCCAGGUGUCAAUCAUCUGUAGCUCCGCCUCCAGCCGCUCAGCCCACCAAUCACGUCACGGCACAGUCUCUCUGGUCUGUCCAGCACCCUGCGAUCCUCACAGCGUCUCCUAACCAGCCCUUCACUGUGCAGGAGAAUCUGAGUGCUCAGUUCGGUCACAUGAUGCUGGUCCAGCAGGCCUCGGGUGACGUUUACCCGCUGCAGAGCCCUGCGCCUCCACCGCAUCAGAGCGGAUACGUGAUGCCCUCGACGGGACCGAUGUUUCCCACAGCCUCCGUCAGCCAGCAACAGAUGCCGGCGUGUUACUGUUCGCCCAGCCAGUUCCCGGUGUCUGGACAGCUGUACCAGCCCAUGGGUUCAGUGCCAUACAGCGCUCAGAGUCAGAUUCCUCCCGCACCCGCGCAGCAGCCAGGUUACCAAACUGUGAUGCCAAAUCAGCAGCAGAACUACCACAACAUGAUUAGAUGCACGCCGCCGCAGAAUCAGAUGCAAGGCAUGAUGGUCCAGUAUCCUUCAGAGCCAUCUUAUCAGGUGUCCGUGCCGCAGCAGACGUAUCAGCAGCCCGUGUACUACAGCAUCUUCCCUCCCCACCAGCAGAGCGCCGGCAGCUCCUCCGUGGGGUUCCUGCCUCCUCCACGAGCGGAGCAGAUGCCACUCCACAGCACCACGGCACCCUGCGGCUCGCAACAGAUUCCCACCCAGCAGUGCUCAGGAGCUCCGCCCCCAGCAGCAGGUGGAAUGGUGAUGAUGCACCUGACGUUACCUGUGUCCCAGCAGCCUCAGUCUCAUUCACCACCGCAGUGGAAACACAACAAAUACUACAGCUCCGAUCACACACACUCACAGAAGCCCGGCGACUUCUACGGUCUGGAACCGUCACAAAGCAGUCCUCAGCUGGGAAGCUCGUCAUCAACACACCUCACUAACGUAAAGAGCAUCAGUCCGAGCCUCAACACUGUUCCCAUCAUGCCUCACUUCUCCAGAUCCAUGGUUUCAGGACAGGGUGACAUGCGCUUCCCGUACAGCCCUCAGAUCCGCCCACCGUUACUUCAAGCCCCGCCCACGCUGUCCAGUCAGACUCCGGCAGGGAUCCGGAAGCUGCCGAGGAAAGCGCUGUCUGCAGAUCUCAGUGUAGGUGACGCAGGUAACCCUAACUCUGUUCCUCCAGACCCUGCAGAGCUUCGCUCCUCACGCUCCUCAUGCUCCUCAGGAUCUGCUGAACUCGUCAAGCUUGGAGCGAAGCUCUGCAGGAAAGUGGACCAGAGUUGCCCAGUGCUGCUGUAGAAACACACACCUGAUGAUGAUGAUCCUGCCUCUUCCUCCUCCGCAGGGUUCAGCUUGGGAACUAGGAGUU